UUUGCCAUGCCAAUCCUCGACCUUAUAUUAAUCCUUCUAUCCCCACGUAGGUCCUCCACAUUAACUAAUCUCACUCGCAAAAAACACAAACAGAUGGAAAUGUCAGCUAUGUCCAUUGGAGUAGGACUAGCCAUCCUUGCUCUCGCAUUGUCAUGGGCAUGGAGGGUGCUGAACUGGUUGUGGCUGAGGCCGAAGAAACUCGAGAGGCUUCUCCGGGAACAAGGCUUCAAGGGGAAUCCGUACAGACUCCUGUCCGGAGACCUGAAAGAGAGUACCAAGAUGCUGAAAGAGUCGAGGUCUAGACCCAUCGGACUCUCAGAUGACCCAGUGCCCCGUAUCUUCCCAUUUGGCCUUCAAUCUGUCAACACCUAUGGAAAGGACUCUUUCAUAUGGCAGGGACCGACUCCAAGACUGAACAUCAUGAAUCUUGAACAUAUCAAGGACAUGUUCUCGAAGAUACAUGACUUUCAGAGACCACCUAUUAACCCACUUGUCCGGGCACUUGCGACUGGACUUGCAACCUACGAGGGUGAGAAAUGGGCAACUCACAGAAAAAUCAUCAACCCCGCUUUCCACCAAGAGAAACUCAAACUCAUGUUGCCUGCUUUUGUUUCAAGCUGCACCGAAAUGGUGACAAGAUGGGAGAAGCUGAUAUCAACAAACGAAUCUAUCGAGCUCGAUGCCUGGCCCGACCUGCAGAAUCUGACACGUGAUGUGAUUUCUCGAACAGCAUUUGGGAGUAGCUAUGAAGAAGGGAAGCGAAUCUUUGAGUUUCAAGAGGAACAAGCUGAGCUUGCCAUCAAAUUCCUUCAAUCAGUCUACAUCCCAGGGUGGAGGUUUGUCCCCACGAAAAUGAACAGGAGGAUGAACUACGUGUCCGAAGAGAUGCACUCUUUGCUUCGGGGGAUCAUCAGCAAAAGAGAAAAUGAGUUGAAGACAGCGGAGGGCGCGCCUGGUGAUCUGUUGGGACUGUUGCUGGAGUCGAACGCGAAGGAAUUACGUGAAAACAGAGGAAACAAGUACAAGGGGCUGAGUACUCAAGACGUGAUAGAUGAGUGUAAGCAAUUUUAUUUUGCCGGGCAAGAGACAACCUCGGUCCUCCUUGUUUGGACAGUGAUACUACUGAGUGUUCAUCCUGAGUGGCAAAACCGGGCAAGAGAGGAGGUUCUGCAGGCAUUUGGAAGAGAUGGAAAACCCAACCUAGAUGGUCUGAAUCACCUCAAGAUCGUUACCAUGAUCUUGUACGAGGUUUUGAGGCUAUACCCGCCGCUGGUAUGGCUCGGUCGUUACAUCCACAAGGAAAUGAAACUCGGGAACCUUACUAUACCAGCAGGAGUAGAACUUUCAUUGCCCGUGCUACUUGUCCCCCGCGAUAAAGAGCUCUGGGGAGAAGAUGCCAAGGAAUUCAAGCCUGAGAGGUUCUCGGAAGGAAUCUCAAAGGCGACCAACAACCAAGUUAUGUAUUUCCCGUUCGGCUGGGGGCCUCGAAUAUGCAUCGGGAUGAACUUUGCAUUGAUCGAAGUGAAGAUGGCAAUGGCAAUGAUAUUGCAACGGUUCUCAUUCGAGCUUUCUCCUUCUUAUGCCCAUGCCCCGGCAACAAGCAUCACUCUCCAACCCCAACAUGGUGCUCAAGUCAUUUUGCGUAGAGCUUAAUGAGCUGCUGAUACCCUGACGAUAUUGUCGAUGACAUAGUGCGCUCGGAAUCUGAUAGGUUUACCAUCACUUCUUUUUAUCGCAUGAUGUGAGUAGGUACGGACAACUGAGUAUAGUAAAAAUAAAUAAAUCCUCGUGAAAUGGUUAAUCUUAAUUCCAAUAAAUAAAAUCCUCGUUUUCAGUUC